UUGGAUGUGUUUGAGGUGAUAGUGUCUACCAAUUGAAUCAACAAUUGUGUGGAAAUUAUGUCGAAACGUGUGAACGACAGCCAAAGCAACGAUAAAAACAAGGAUCAAGUGAUCAGUAAACUGCCGAAAAUGGAGCCACAGAUGGACGAAGACCUGAUGGACGAGGACCUGAUGGGUGUGGACGACGAGGAGGACGACGACGACGACGAUGAGGACAUGGAGGGCGUGAUUACCAUUGAGGGCAUCGAACUCGAGGCGAGUGUCGACCGCGUGAAGGACUGUCUGAAGCAGAAUAAGAUCGAAGUGGAGGACAUCGAUGACUACGACUUCUAUCUGCAGGACCUGCGUCUUGAGGGCCAGAAGUCGAUCAUAAGUCAGUGUAAUCUCGUUGAAGGCGCCAAACAGCAGACCCGUCUCAUCAACAUUAAGCUCGUCUUCGACCCCGACUUCAAACGCGUCAACAUUUUAGACAUUUUGAAACCCCCGGAGACGGCGCCCAAAGCCCUGUCCGCCGCCAACACCACCGCUCACUCCAACUCCGGCGCCAACGCCGCCAACAACGGCUUCAACGCCAACAAUAGUCUCAACCAAAACUCAUCGCAAUUACAAUCAUCGCAACAAACGAAGCAAUUAUUACAACCGAAACGACUCAUCGGUGGCAUCAAAACCAACCAAAACAUGGACGGACAGGGACUGCCGUCACCGGGCAAUCGCACCGGGAAUAACGGACAGAUCCAGUUGUGGCAGUUCCUACUGGAACUGCUCACAGACGCAGACCACAGAGAUUGCAUCCAAUGGAUAGGGAGUGAAGGUGAGUUCAAACUGAACAACCCUGAAGUGGUGGCCCAGUUGUGGGGUCUCCGCAAGAAUAAGCCGACGAUGAACUACGAGAAGCUGUCGCGAGCGCUCAGGUAUUACUACGACGGGGAUAUGAUCGCCAAAGUGCACGGAAAACGGUUUGUCUAUAAGUUUGUCUGUGACCUCAAGUCACUCAUCGGAUACGACGCCCAAGAACUCGACCGACUUGUCUGUCAGACCCAACACAAGAGGAUUAACGUCUGAUUGGCGCUAAUGUUUGCAUUAUUUUUUGUAUUCAUCGCUGAGAGACUAAUUUUUAAGGUUUUCUAUUCAUUUCAAUAUUAUUGUAAAUUAUUAUAUUUCAAGAUUUGAUUUAUCAUUUAUUCAUAUAUAUAUUAACGAUUAUUAUUAAUUUACAAAUCAUUAAAUUAAAUACUUUUAUAAUUUAUAUGUUAAUACUGUAUGAGAUAUCAAUAGUUUUCAUGAUAUUGUAUGUAUCGUACCGUUCACUCCCUCCGCAGAUAUUCUGCACAACUAUUGUAUCGAUCGCUCGAUAUUUGAGCGUUUGUUUGUGGAGUCGGCUAUCCUUUUGAGACAUUUAUAUUAUAUAAUAAAUCCUUUGCCUCUAAUUUAUUGUUAUUUCCAUAUGUUAUUUAUAGAAACUCAC